UCGGCUAAUUCCCUCCGAGAAAAAGAGAAAGUUGCCUAGAUAAAUCGUCUCUGCCUCGCCUCCUGUAUACAGUCUCCAUGCAUAGGAAAGAGCUCUUUGGGUGUACGGCGUACACACUGAAGUUCGUUGCACACUCGGAGCUGAGAGCUCUUUUUUUCCAAAUUAAACUAUCGAAACUUCACUAUUUAACGUGAUAAAUACUAUUUUAUUACAGUAAGAAUAUUUUACAGUUAAUCCCAUUUGGUAAUUUUCCAAAUUAAUCCCAUUUGGUAACAUGAAAAAAAAUAAAUACUCAAUAUUACUGCCUACUUAUAAUGAAAUUGAAAAUUUACCGAUUAUAACUUGGCUUAUUAUUAAAUAUAUGAGUGAAUUGGAAAUUCCUUAUGAAAUCAUUAUUAUCGAUGAUGGUUCUCCUGAUGGAACUUUAGAUAUGGCAAAAAAACUCCAAAACUUAUAUAGUAAAGAUACUAUAGUUUUGAGACCAAGAGAGAAAAAGCUAGGAUUAGGUACAGCAUAUAUGCAUGGCAUUAAACAUGCCAAAGGUGAUUUUAUUCUUAUAAUGGAUGCAGAUUUAUCACAUCAUCCCAAAUUCAUUUCUCAAAUGAUUAAAGAACAAGAAGAAAAGAAUCUUGAUAUAGUAACUGGAACGAGAUAUAAUGGAAAUGGAGGAGUAUAUGGUUGGGAUUUUAAAAGAAAACUUAUAAGUCGAGGGGCUAAUUUUAUAACACAAGUCUUAUUAAGACCUGGAGUAAGUGAUCUUACAGGAAGUUUCAGGUUGUAUAAAAAAGAAGUUCUAGAAAAAUUAAUUCAGUCUUGUGUAUCCAAAGGAUAUGUUUUUCAGAUGGAAAUAAUUGUGAGAGCAAAACAGUAUGGUUAUACUAUAGGAGAAGUACCAAUAUCAUUUGUCGAUAGAGUUUAUGGUGAAUCAAAAUUAGGUCGCUCUGAAAUUAUACAAUUUAUAAAAGGACUUUUAUAUUUAUUUGUUACUACAUAACUGAUGUUAAAGUGUAUUCAUGUAAUAAAUGAACUAAUGAACAUUACGAAAAAUGAAAAAAAGAACUUUUCAUAAAUUGUCAUUAAAAAGAGAGAGAACAAUCUGUCUUGUAGCAAUUAUAUCAAUACUAAACUACAAAAAAAAUACUAUAAAUAAAAGUUGUUAG